AUGGAACCGCAGGCGGACGAAUUGACAAAUUGGCGAAACCCGAUGUUAGAGUAUGUCCUUAAUAUCACUCACGCACUUCGCGGUGACGUAUCUGGUGACAUUUGCGGUCGCAAACAAGGGCACAAGCAAAACAGUGCAGUUUACAGCCGGCACGCAAAAAGUGAAAUAUUCGAAAUACCAGCAGACAGUACCAAGGGCCAACUCAAUCCACCCACCGCUUUUGUAAAGGAGGGUAUUGAACUCGACUUCGUGCCAACUACAAUGGUUAUUAAUCCGGACACAGACGGAAAACAGAACGUAACACCUACAGCCCCGACCUGUCCAGCAGACACAGUUGUGGACUGCUUUAAGAAAACGGAAGAUUUCACCCAUGUGAUCGUGACGGCCAAAGCUGACUCGGCGCCGAAGGUCAUUAAGCUUAUUGAAGCUAGUGAUACCAACAGUCUUCAAGUCAAAUUCAAACCAAUCAAGGCCACAACAGACUCCCCAGGCAGCACAACCUCCACGGCAGCCUGGAUGUCAGGCUCAUCUGUGGUCAUUGUGGCCAAUCUAGCCAUUCUUACCUUCCUCCGUUAG